AUGUCGGAGGCAAGACUCAUGGCCAGAGACCUCAUCAAGACUGUCCUGCAUGACGAGGUCCCCCAGCCUCCAGUGGCUCCUGGGCCUCCCAGCGUGAAGGAGCCCAUGGAAGAACAUGGUAGUCCUGUGAGAGAUCAGGACCUCGUUGAGUGCCUGGAGUACAGAAACCAGGUGGCCCUGAGGCUGGCCUACAUCGGUGAUGAGAUGGACCUGUGUCUGCGGAGCCGCCGUCUGGCCCAACUUCCUGGGAUUGCCAUGCACAGACUCGCUGUUACCUACAGCCAGACGGGUGUCAGGGGGGUUUUCAGAAGCCUGAUUCGCGGCCUCACCAAUCUCAGGGAGAACAUCUGGUCCUGGAGAGUUCUGACUCCUGGCACCUGGGUGUCACCUGACCAGGCCCGCGGACAGCUGUUUCCCAUGGUGCUGUUGGUCCUCUUACUGCUGGGCGAGGCCUUGCACUUGCAGCUUCAGUGAAACCCAGAGGGGCAGGGCCGGUCCCUGCCCCUCAACUACCCCCUAGAGGUGCCGGCACCCUAACUGUGGUGU